AAAAAAUGAACAUCAGAAAAAGUCAUUCUCCUGAAUUACGAAAAGAGUUAGCAUUAAAAUUAUUAAAAAAUGAAAAGCAUCCUUUCGUUUCUAAAUAGUCUUAAUCUCCAGAAAUAAAGAUGAGCAGGUCUACAAUAUCUCAAAAGCGUAAGCUUCAAGAUCACCCUGUUAAUUCACCAAUUAUAGAGGAUUUGUUGAGAUAAUGUAAACUGUUAGAAGAGUUAGUAAAGAAGUCUAAAAAGGUAAAAGUUCUUAUAAAUAAGGGUAGAUUAUUGAUGAGAAAGAAACCAAAAUUUAACUCUUACUUCAAUUACUUAAACAAAGAGAAAAUUGUUGUAAAGAGUUAUAAAUGUAAUCUCAUAAACUAAUGGAAGAAAGAUAAAUUUUAAUCGAACACAUCACUUAAUUAGAAAACUAACUAAAUCUUUAAGAAGAGGAUGAAGCAUGUAUGAUAUAAAAUUUAUAUAUAAGAUUCUCAAGAUGGAUUUUAAUAACAUAUGACAAAUUUAAAUGAUUUGAGACACUUUCUAAAUUAGAUUCGUCAUAGUAAUGAAGACAUUCCAGUUUUUGUUGAUGUUGAUAAUUUGACUUAUGAAUAACUUCUCUAACUUGAAGAUACAAUUGGAUAUGUAAAUAGAGGUUUGAAUAAGGAACAAAUAAAAACUAUUCCAAAAAUAAGUUUUGAUCAAUGCAAAACAGAUGAAUAAUUGUAAAUGAAAUUAAAUAAAUAAUUUUAAGAUGUUCUAUAUGUUAAAAUGAAUUUCAGAAUUCAGAUAAAUGCAGAGAAUUACCUUGUCAUCAUAUAUAUCAUUCAAAAUGCAUUAAGUUAUGGUUAGGAAAGGAAAAACAUUGUCCAAUAUGUAAAUAGGAAUUAGAGAUUAAUUUACCAAUCUAAUAACAGUAAUAUCAAACUGAAGAUUAAUUUAUGUAUGAACAAUGA